GUGGCAGCACCGGAAGUGUCUCUACGAGCUACCGCUGCCACGAAUUGAUCUUGUCCUCACUGAGUUAGCAUCGACAUGUGUGUUUUAAUGUCCUCUGUGCUGUUGUGGCUCUAACGUUGAUUCAACAUGGAGUCGUCGGACACUUUUGUCAUCAGACCUCAUCAUCAGCACAAAUUUAAACCAGCCAUCGUGAAGGAGUGCAUUCGUGAAAUCGUGAGGGAGCAACUGUCUGGGGUGCAGUAUGACCCAGAGGAGGUCCCACUGCUGUCCAAAACACUGGCAGACUCUGUCAAGGAAAAAGUGAAGAAUGCUGGAUUUGACAGAUAUAAGCUCGUCGUGCAGGUUGUCCUCGGAGAACAACGAGGACAGGGAGUCAAGAUGUCCUCCAGGUGCUUGUGGGAUGCUGACACAGACAACUAUGCAGAAGAUGUUUAUAUGAACGACAACUUGUUCUGUUUGGUGGCAGUUUUCGGAAGCUAUCAUUACUGAGGACGGGACGAAUUUACCAGGAUGAGAGUGGAAAGACUGGCCUCUAUUGUAGAUAUAGUGUAAUGUUGUAGAUCAAAGCAUGGUAACUUUGACUCCUUAACUGUUGUUGUUAACAAGUUCCAAAUGGUGUUGAAACGUUUGUUGUCAUGUUGGGUGUGGAAAUCCUCAACACGUUCGUGAGAUGUUAUUUUUACUGAAGAACAAAACAGACUUUCACACCCAUCAGUGAAAAUGUCAACUUUACCGCAUUUUCUUUUAUUUUGAAAUUCUUUUAUUUAAAAGACCAGUUAUUUGUUUUUGAAAGUGAACAGAUUAAAAUUGUGUCUAAAAACUU